AUGUAUAAUAAUAAUAAUGUUGUUGGUCCACAACAUUUAAUGCCAACAGACUUUUUCACUACCGAUCAUCAUAAUGGGUAUUCGCCGGUAGUGGUGGCCAACCAAGUGCAGGUGGCUCCUCCUCCUCCUCCUCCAUCUACCUCUUCCUCUUACUCUAACAAUUUCGAAGGAGGGUAUGAUUAUUUUGGUAUAUCUGAUCAACCUUCUCCUGUUACUCUUCAUACUAGUAAUAAUAGUAGUAGUAGUAGUAGCAACAACAACACAAAUGUUGUUCAACAACAACAACAACAACAACAAGUAGUAAACCCAUACUUGAAACAAAUGAUGGUUCAACAACAACAACAACAACAUCCAAACAGUCCAACUGGAAAUGAUCUAAGUAGUCCUAUUGUUCAACCUCAACAACAUGUAAAUAGUCCGAUAAUGUCAAAUAAUAAUAAUAAUAAUAAUAAUAAUAAUAAUAAUAACAAUAAUAAUAUUCCUUCGUCACCUCAUCAACAACAACAACAAUUAAAUACAAGUCAAAAUGAUUAUAGUAAUCUUUCUUAUGCCAAUAAUAAUAAUAAUCCAAAUAAUCCAAAUAAUCCAAAUAUGAUACCAACUUCAGUUUUAACUCAAAUGAGACAACAUCAACAACAACAACAAUUGCAACAUCAACAACAACAUCAAUUACAACAACAACAACAACAAUUACAACAACAAAUACAACAACAACAACAAUUACAACAACAACAACAACAACAACAAAAUAAUUUCAAGACAUAUUUAAUGAAUGGAACUGAGAAUAUGGGUAUAUUACCAUUUACAGAUGAAAAGAAUUAUUUAUUGGUUGCUGCUUUAAAUCAAGAUGGUAAUUCAAAUUUUGGUGUCAAUAUUCAACCUACUGCUCAAGGAAAUGGUUAUCCUCCUCAACCACAACCUCAACAACAACAACAAUCACCACAACAACAAUCUAUUCAACAACCAAAUAAUUUUAAUACCAAUCCAUUUUCUGUAAUUGCUCAAUUAACUCAGGCAUAUCAACAAUUACAACAACAACAACAAAUUUUACAACAACAACAACAACAACAACAACAGCAACAACAAUCUCCAAUUCAACAAUCAAUUCAACAGCAACCAAUUCAACAACAACAACAACCAAUUCAACAAACACCUCCACCUCCUCAACCUCAGCAACAACAACCUAGAAUUAUUCAACAACCACCAAUUCAACCAACAAUUCAACAACAACAACCAAUUCAAACAUUACCAACUUCAUCACCUUCUUCAACAACAUCACCACAACAACAACAAAUGGCACAACAAUUACAAAGAUUAGUACAAAAAUCACAAAUUACAAAUGCUUUGACACCAACACCAUCAACUACUACAUUUUCAAAUGGUACUACUAAUCCUCCUCCCCCUACUCAACCACCACCUGCUGCUGCUGCUGCUACUGUUGUAUUACCAAGUUCAUCACCAACAAGUAGUUCAUCAAGUUCAUCUAGUUUAUAUGGAAAACCACCAAUCCAUUUGUAUUAA